CUGAGGAACCUGGAAUCUUACGUGGUGCACAACUGUGUCCUGCAGAUCAUGGGCAAAGCCAUCGUGACUGAGCUUACCUAGGAGGAACUGGCCGAUGAGCUGAAGGAAACGCGCGAUGACUUCCUGCAUGAUUUGUUCAACCACACGAUGGACGUUUCGGCCCAUGUCCGCUCGAAGGUGCUUCAGAUUAGGCACUACAUUCAGGGCCAGAACGCGGUUCCACUUAGCUGGCAGCACCAGGUGCUAGAAGGUACCGUCGAACGGCUCGAGGACAAGUCACUGCUGGUGCGCAAGAACUCGAUCGCGUUGAUCAAAACCUCCCUCGAGCAUAAUCCGUUCUCCGCUAAGCUCUCCCUGGCGGAACUUUGCAGGCAGUAUGGGACGGAAGACUGCCAGCCGCAGGAAAUUCGCAACAAGAUGGUAUAGCAGGACGCGGCGCUCAAGAAAACCGAACAGCAGUGCGUGUUCUACAUGAUGUUCUUGAAAGUGUACUACGUCAAGACCCGGCACGGCCCGAAGCUGAACGAGAAGUUCCAGAAGAAGGAAACGA